GCCUUCUCCCAGCACAACACCAUCAUGGACCUGGUGCAGUUCUUUGUCACCUUCUUCAGCUGCUUCCUGUCGCUCCUCCUGGUGGCCGCCGUGGUUUGGAAGAUUAAGCAGACGUGCUGGGCGUCUCGGCGGAGAGAGCAACUUAUGCGAGAGCGGCAGCAGAUGGCGAGCCGGCCGUUCGCCUCGGUGGACGUGACGCUGGAGGUGGGAGGAGUGGAGCAGACGGAACUGCUGCGAGGCCCAGCGGAGGGUGUGCCAAAACCAAUCGCCAUUGAGCCGUGCUCCGGGAACAAAGCUGCCGUCCUGACCGUUUUUCUCUGCCUGCCGCGAGGAUUGGCCGGAGUUCCUCCACCAGGACAAUCAGGUCUCGCCAUCGCUAGCGCCCUCAUCGACAUAUCGCAGCAGAAAUCCUUGGACUGCAAAGACAAAAGCUCAUGUGUUCGGAACCGGAAGCCGCAUCCUCCGACCAGACAAGGAACUUGUGUCUGAACCUUGUCGGAGCUGGAGGGUUGUGACAAUGUAUCGUUAUUCUUUUUCUUUUUUGAAAACAUUUUUGUAACAAUUCUGAAACGGCUUCCAGCGAGCGACGAAACCCACUCAGCAAGGCGGAUCCGCCGGAAGUCCGCAGGCGACUGUGAGCUUCCCAGAGCCGUGGAGGAUGGAGAACGACUGCAUGAAAAGUCUUACGGACUGGUGAAAAAAGGAGCAGGGGCGGAGUGGCGCCAUCCAGGCGUCUGUGCAUCUACCGGAGCCGCCCCGGACAGAAUUAAAGAGACAGUGUCGCUAUUAGACAUGCGUGUAAAUACCAUGUAGAGUUUGGGGCCACGGGGCGUGGAUUCUGGGUUUGCAGCAUGUCCGUAACCAGUAAGGGAUUCGGGGCGAACACGAAAUUAUUGUAAAAGGGACACAAUCCACGCACCAAACAUAUUUAAUAUUGUAGACGACGGAGGAGGAUGACGAGGGAAUCGCCACUCGACCCGGGACGGGUUUUUUAAUAUAUUUUUUACGUUUUUUAUAUUUUCGUUUUCCUCGGGUCAGUGCAAUAAACAGCAGCGAUCAGUAAUCCGGGAGACGACCUCGGCAGGACGCCGCCUGGCACAUAGCUCCGUGUCCCAGGAAGCAGCGUGACGCAGCUUUGUGUGUGUACAGAGGGUCAUGUGACGGCACAGCUCGUGGAGCAGGUGUGCAGCCGCUGUUUGUACAUGCCCGGGUUGUGAGGGUCGUGGGCCUGUUCUGUACCCCGGGGGGCGCUCUUCUUCUCUGUGUCGGGGGUGCAUGCCGCGCUGGGGCAGUCUUCUGUUUCUUCUUUUGUAACUGCUCUGAACAUGUACAAUAUUUAAUGUAUAGGACGCAAUGUACAGUUUAUAGCAGCAGGCAGGACACGCCGCCAGAGACCGCCAAUAAAACAUCUUCCUCA